UGAGGUAUUGCUUGGAAUAAACCACAUCUUGUUGUUUUGACGCAUCGAAGUUUGAGGGACAACAAGCUGAAAGCAAGCCAAGCCUCUUUAGUCCCCGGACGCGUCCCCACACGCCCCGCUAACGACGAGCGCCUUUUAGUCCGUCGUUGCAGACCUUCUCCGUCUUCUCUUUCACACAUACACACACCCACCGCUCUUCCCGCUCUUUUUGCCAUUUCGGUAUCCCACGUUAACCUGCAACGCACAACAAAGGAAGCGCCAGCUGUUUCCCAUCCAGCCCUUUCAACAUGCUCCCCCGACCGCCGCCAAAGGAUCAGUUCCUGUCUCCCAACUCUGACUACAUCAAUCAAGACCUGGCAGAAGCAGUACGCGACUCAGUCCGCAUAAAAUCCUCUCCCUCUUCCAACCAAAGUCACAACUCUUAUUCGUCCGCUCAACCGCCUGACGACCCAUACACCCAUACUGGCACUCGACGCACACCGUCUCCUAAUCCUCCGCGCCCUAUCGACGUUUUUAAUCCCACCAAGCCAUCCUACGACGAGGUGUCACCAUCUUGGCCUGAAGUCGACAAUUUUGACGCUAUGGCUUCCGGCCCAGCCUCAGAUCAACCGGCGCUUCCCUCUGCAAGGAUGCAGCAACUGCAGAAUCCCUUUGAAGAGGAUGAGAUUGAGCCUGUCGGCACAGGGCCUGUCAAGCCUCCGGGCUUCAGGAAUUUUACUCUAGAGGAAAAUGGUACUGUCCACCCAAGAAGGACCAAGUUUUCAAGGGCACAAACUGGCACUACAACGUCGAGCUCAUCUACCAGUUAUCUUCUUGGGUCCAGCCCACCCUCAGGUCACACAAAUAAAAUCCGCACGCGACGUUCUCUUUCAACCAAUUCAUACGGUUUUUCAGGUGAUGCGCCCGCCAUGGCGGCUUUGACGGAAGGACAGAGGAAAGGGGUUGAUGAGAAGAAGGGGAGUAGACACGCAGAUGUUAUCGAUACAUGGGAUCCUACCGGAUUGGGAAGUGCUAUGUGGCAUCACGCUGGUCCCUAUGAUGCCGCUGCCCCGUCUCGCAACGCCAACCUCCCCACAACUAAAGCCCCCAUGAAGGCAUUUCACAAAUCAGCAAGCCCCGUCGUGCCACCUCGUGGACCCAAUACCAUUUCUUUAUCUCCUCCUGCUCCCCCCGCAAAGGAUACUCCCAGAGACAUUCCUGAAUCUGACCGGCGCCGUCCUUCGCGAGGAAUCUCUACUGGUCGUCGAUCAGCUGGUGGAGGUCUCACCGGUCAAUACUCCACAAGUGUACCGAAAGACGGUGGGUAUUUCCCCAACAUAGGGGAGGAAGAUCCGCAGGAUGAGGCGACCCUUGCCAGGAUUGAAAGGCAGAGAGAGAGGGAAUCCAAGAGAAAGGCUCUGAAAGCAGCUUGGGGAAUUGAUACUCCCGAGCCAUUUGAAGACUACGGAGGCACACCCAACGAUGGGCCCAUUGAUGUUACCGAUGAUGACUAUUUCCCUGAGUCUGUUUCCGCGCCUCUUCCAAUCGGUCGCAGCAUUCGAUCUCCAGGAUUCAGGCUUGGUAGCGAUCCUCGAACUCCUUCCAUCAAAGAAGAUUCAAUGUCGCCCACCCUAGAAUCACCCCCACCUUUUCGUGCCGUCGUCACAGCAACAAAUGUUCCCCCCGGCGGGAUCAAGCGAACUAAAAGCUUGAUGCAAAAGAUCAAAACUAUGCGCGAAAAUCCCAAUAUACCAUUCCGUGGCCAGUCCCGUGACAAUCGACCUUAUUCGCCCAACCGCGAACCUUCGCCUAUGCCAUCUGAGGCUCCGAGCGAUGAUGUUGUAUCUCCUGCAGGAUCCGCAACUGCUGCCCGCUAUCCUCAUCUGUUCGACAAGGGCUCCGGUAGGCCGCCUUCAAAUAAGAGAUCCGCUUCAUCUGCCGCAACAUUCACAUCUUCUUUUCAGGCUGAGUCACCAAGAUCAGUUCCUAUCACUUCCGGUGAAGAAAGUUUGAUUGCUGUAGCUGGGGAUGACAAGCCAAGUCCGGUGAACGGCGCUGUAAAGAGAGAAGGGAUCCCCAGCACCGCUCCAGAUGGCUACACUAUUGUAGAAUCUCCUUCAUCCAAGGGUCGUGCUAUUCGAGCACUCCAGCGAGAAGCUGAACACCAUACUCGUUCAGCUUCUUAUGGUGCGACUCCUUCUCCGAGAGGGGUAAUGGCAGCCCCUCCCGUUGCUCCCGUUCUGCCUAACUUUGAUGAUUACUGGUCUAGACGUGAGAAGGUCAGAUCCGGUUCAGAUACGUUGGAUAGUGGGGACUUGAGGGAAACCAAGGAACUGAAGAGGAAAACCAGUAUGGUGAAAAAGUUGAGAGAUAGAAUUGUGAAGUAGAAGCUGCUCUGGUGAUCUGUCAGCUUGCAUAUGUGGCGCUGGGGAAUUCUGUAUCGCCUGCAAAGAGUAGUAAAACUAGGACGCGAAUGUAAUAGAUACCACUUGUGUAGCAUUUCGAGGUUUGUUUCCAUGUAU